AUGCGUAGCCCAGUUAUCGCCUUCUCCAUCUUCGCUGCGGCUGCGGUCAGCCCCACCCUCGUUUCUGGUGCUCCCACGACCCCAAACCCUACCGCUGAGAUCGAGUCGGCGGUUCAACAUGUUCCCCGCCAAUUCUCAAACCUCCAGGAUCUCGGUAUUCUGCCCCCUUCGCCCCCCACCAACAACCGCAAUGUCAACAACAACAACAACAACCCGGAUGCGCACCGUGCGGCUGAAGAGAAGCUCCACAACCCAGCACCUGCUGCCGCCGACGCUGCUGACCCGGCGAGUGUCGCUUCCAACAACCGUCGUAAGCGUGCGCAGGAUCAGGGCACUGCUGGUGGCAACGCGUACUCCGGUGCCGUUGGCUCCAGCUCUGGAGGAGGAGUUGCCAACAACGCCAACACCCCCGGCGUUGCUGGUGGUGCCGUCACGCUGACUAACACAGCCGGUACCAAUACCGCUGGGAACGGGGAUGAAUCGUUCAGUGGUUUCAGCUACGGUGGAAACGGUGAUGGGAAGGGGCCCGGCGGUAACGCAUACACCGGUUCUACUGGUCCCUCCACGGGAGGAACUGAUUUCAACACUGGAGACAACAUCGCCAACACGGGUGCUAAUCUGGCGGGCAACGGCGGUACUUCUAACAGCGGCGAUGCUCAGGGUGGUGACGCUGGUGCCGAUACGGACCAAGAUGAGGCCCCGAUCAGGAAGCGUGCAAGCGACUUCGCGACGGCUGGUGGUAAUGCUUACACUGGUGCGUCCAGCGACGUCAACGGUGGUAACGUGAUCAACCACUCGAAUGACGACGGUGCCAUCACUAACACUGGCGGAAACGUCGCUGGCCCCGCGGGAAGCACGGAAUCUGGUAAUGCAGACGCCGGUGACGGCGACGGGUUCGGACCCGGAGGUAACGCUUACAGCGGUGCCACCGGGAACGCACGGGGCGGAUUUGUUAGCAACGCCGGGGGUACCAUCGACAACGAGGGCGGUGCCAACACGGGCGGCAUGGGCGGUGAAACCGAGAGUGGCGACGCGGAAGGUGGCGACGCCUAA